UUUAGGGUCUGGAUAAGUGAAAUCCAUUCGCUCCAUUGGAGACCUUUGUAGUAAGAUUUGGGUCCCCAGACUAACCCUUUGCGGGAACUGGGAAAAGGAAGAUAAAAAGAAGGGGGGAAAUAAAAAUUAAAACCCCUAAAUCUAAAACCAGCAAACAGCAAUUCCAAAAAUUGAGAGAUGGGGAAAGACGAAGAGGAGAUGCGUGGCGAGAUCGAGGAGAGGCUGAUCAACGAAGAGUACAAAAUUUGGAAAAAGAACACUCCUUUCCUCUACGAUCUCGUCAUUACCCACGCCCUCGAGUGGCCCUCUCUCACCGUCGAAUGGCUCCCCGACCGCGACGAGCCUCCCGGCAAGGAUUAUUCCGUUCAGAAGAUGAUCCUGGGAACUCACACCUCCGAGAACGAGCCCAAUUACCUCAUGCUGGCUCAGGUCCAGCUUCCCCUCCAGGAUUCGGAGAACGAUGCUCGCCAAUACGACCACGACCGGUCUGACCUAGGCGGUUUUGGAUGCGCCAGCGGCAAGGUCCAGAUUAUUCAGCAGAUUAAUCACGAGGGGGAGGUCAAUAGGGCUCGUUAUAUGCCGCAGAAUCCUUUCAUUAUAGCCACUAAGACGGUCAGCGCUGAGGUUUUUGUAUUUGAUUACAGUAAGCAUCCUUCGAAGCCGCCUUUGGAUGGUGCUUGCAGUCCCGAUUUGAGGCUUAGGGGUCACAGCACGGAGGGGUAUGGGCUGUCUUGGAGUAAGUUCAAGCAAGGCCAUUUGCUUAGUGGCUCGGAUGAUGCUCAGAUUUGUCUAUGGGAUAUCAAUGCCACUCCCAAGAACAAGGCUCUCGAUGCUAUUCAGAUCUUCAAGGUUCACGAGGGUGUUGUCGAAGAUGUUGCUUGGCAUCUCAGGCACGAGUAUUUGUUUGGUUCCGUUGGGGAUGACCAAUACCUGCUUAUCUGGGACCUGCGAACCCCAUCAGUCACCAAACCCAUCCAGUCCGUAGUUGCUCAUCAGAGUGAGGUUAAUUGCUUAGCUUUCAAUCCCUUCAAUGAGUGGGUUGUGGCAACUGGUUCUACUGAUAAAACGGUUAAGUUAUUUGAUCUUCGCAAGAUCAGUACUGCACUCCACACCUUUGAUAGCCACAAAGAAGAAGUUUUCCAAGUUGGGUGGAAUCCUAAAAAUGAAACAAUCUUAGCAUCCUGCUGUCUUGGUAGAAGGCUCAUGGUUUGGGAUCUUAGCAGGAUUGAUGAAGAACAGACACCAGAGGAUGCCGAAGAUGGUCCACCUGAGUUGCUCUUCAUUCAUGGUGGUCACACCAGUAAAAUAUCGGAUUUUUCAUGGAACCCAUGUGAAGAUUGGGUUAUUGCUAGUGUAGCGGAAGAUAACAUCCUUCAAAUAUGGCAGAUGGCAGAGAAUAUUUACCACGAUGAGGAUGAUGUACCGGGAGAUGAAUCUGCCAAAGGUUCAUAAAUGUAUUUUUCUCCCCUGUUAGUGGGUCGGAGAACCAACCGGGAUAGCCUGGGAGGUUGACAACUUUAGGAGUAAAUUUAGCUUGUUUUCAUAUGUUUUACAGUUCUGUUCUCAACUCUUUCUUAACUCCGACUGAAUUGAUGUUUGAUCUCAUGUGUUACUGAUAUUUAAUACAUGUCUUGUAUU